AUGCUGUUCAAUGGCACGCCUCCAGACCCGGAUUCGUCCGUCAUUAUGGUUCAUGCCAGGGGUUCCUGGGGGAACAAAGCCCAGUUCCUGCUGACCUGUUUUGGCAACGCAGCCAGCAUUGGCACCGUCUGGAGGUUUCCCUAUCUCUGCUACAGGAAUGGAGGAGCCACUUUCCUGAUCCCCUACUUGAUCAUGAUGUUGGUGAUCGGCCUACCAUUAAUGUUCAUGGAGAUGGCCCUCGGUCAGUUCGCCUCAGAAGGGCCGAUCACGGUGUGGAAGGUGUCGGAGUGGCUAUGGUGA